AUGGAAUCUCAAGCCCAGACACUGAAGACCUGCAGUUUGUGUGUCAACCCUUUAGUGCUGCGCUGUAACACCUGUUGUGUAGGGCUGUGUAGCUCCUGUGUGGAAAAGCAUGUAUCUUCCAAUAGAGGGCACAUCCAUGAUGUGUCCCUGUAUGCUGACAGCCCAGUCUUCAGUCAGGCCAGAGUACUUAUCAAUGUAAAAAGUCCCCUAAAAAACAUCAAAAGGGUUCGGUUCCUGAGAGGGAAUGAGGUUUGGAUCAGUGGAAAAGAUAAAGGGAUAAGGAGAGUCGAUAUAAAUGGGUCUGAGAUUGGUACAGUAAAUACUGUAUCAGGAAUAUUUCCACACGAUAUUGCUGUCACAUCCUCUGGAAAUCUCCUGUACUCUGAUUUCAGGUCCUGUACCAUCAUGGAAGUAAAAGACGGAGUUAUUUCCCCAUUGAUAAAAUAUGAGGAUUGGACACCCCAGGGCCUUUGUAGUACAUCUGAUGGAGGACUGCUGGUUAGCUUGAUGAAGCCAAAUUUUUCAGAGAGUAAAGUAAAUCGAUAUGCAGGAACUGAGCUGAUACAAGAGAUUCAGUUUGAUGGAAAGAGAAAACCAAUAUUUGGAACAGGAAAUUUUUUGUUAUAUCUUGCUGAAAACAAAAACAAAGAUAUCUGCAUUGCAGACUGCAAUGCUUAUCAAGUUGUUGUCCUAAACAUUUAUGGAAAAGUCCGUUUUCAAUAUAAUGGUUUAACUUCGAAGUCUGUAACAAAAUUUGUUCCACGUUGCAUUGGGACAGACAGCAAAAGUCAAAUCUUGGUUGCUGAUCGUGAAAAUCAUGUGGUCCACAUCAUAAGUAAAGAUGGUCAGUUUGUGUCCUUGAUAGAUAGCUGCAGUCUUAGUCAUCCAUGUGGCCUCGCAGUGGAUGAUAAGGAUAGGCUCUGGAUUGGAGAGUUCGAUUCUGGGAGGUUGAAGGUCAUCAGUUAUUGA